AUGGUCAGACAACGAACUACUAAUAAUGGAACAACUGCAGCGAUCACAAAAAGAACUACUGCUCAAGCUGGUCCAAGCGUGACAAAGGCACGUGGACGAAAGUCAAAUGCUGGCGCAGUACUGACCACAAAAUCUAGCACCAACGGAAAAUCUCGUUCAAGAAAGACUACUAGAACUAGUAAAAAGUCUAAUUCACGUUUUAGUAAAUUCGAAAGAGAACAAGAAGCAAGAUUGCAGGAAGCAAUGGAAUUAAUAAAUGGUGAAAAUGGUAUCAUUAAUGGUUGGAUUUCCGAAAUGAAAGGUAUCGCUUUCUCUGUAAUGAAAAAGAUGGAUGAAAAAUUGAACUAUGAAGAUGCUUGCAUUAAAAAUUUAAAACUUGGAUUUGAAAAAUAUCAGUCUGUUACAACCGAAACGUUAGAUCACCUAGCAAAGAUCCACACACAAUCACAAAGAUUUCGUCGCGAAUUAGAUAACGAUUUAAAACGAAUUUAUACUACCGAUGAAACAGAAAUAAACGAAUCAUUGGAACAUUUUAUAAAGGGUCAAAGGCAAACUCAAAAGUUUUUAGCUAAAUCAAACAAGGAAAUCCAUGACAUGUCUGCUCUCAAAAGAAUGUUAUCAGAAGUUUAA